AUGGUCCCCCAUAUUCUCUCUUUGUUAAGUCUCGGCCUGACGUUGUCACCUCUGGUGGCCGCUGAAUCGUCUCCAGUGGUCACUACCGGUGGUGGCAGCUGGCGAGGAACUGUCUCCGACUAUGUUGACGGCGUGAAUGUAUUCAAAGGCAUUCAUUUCUCCGGCUCGUCAGCUGGUUCUCUCCGGUGGACGCACUCCCCGAAACCAACCAUCAGCACCGUGACGGUGAACGCCACCGAGUUCGGCCCAGAAUGCCCACAGCUCGUCGACGGUGUGGUGACGGGCGACGAGGACUGCCUGUACCUCAACGUCUGGACGCCAGAGGGCUUCACUAACACCUCCAACCUUCCCAUCUUCUUCUUUGCCUAUGGCGGUCGCUUCGAGGGCGGUGCGGCCUCGAGCGUCACAUAUGACGGAUCAGCCCUGGCCAAGAAGGGCGUCGUCGUCGUCACGAUGAAUUACCGCCUGGGACCCCUGGGCUGGCUUGCCCAUCCCCAGCUCACAGAAGAGGUGGAGGCAGCCUACGGCUACAACGGCAGUGGAAACUGGGGUCUCAUGGACCAACAGGCAGCUCUGCACUGGACUGUCGAGAACAUCCAGUAUUUUGGCGGGAACGCCACCAGCAUCACUGUGGCCGGUCAGUCGGCCGGGUCUGCACUGGCCCUGGACAUUGCCUUCACCUCUCAGGAGACGACUGGUCUCUUCCAGCGCAUCAUCGCUGAGAGUGGAGCGCGGGCGCCCAACGAUCCCUUGAUUGGCUCCCUUGCCACCAGCCACCUGACGCAGGAGGAGGCGUACGCCAUCGGCGAGAAAUUCCUCGCCUCGCUGAACGUCUCCACCAUUGACGAGGCACGCAACUUGUCCCUGGCCACUAUCCUCCAGGGAGCAUAUGGAGACGGUGCAUCCGAUACUACCUUUGACGGCACUUCCUUCGCGGGCAACCAGGCGUACUUGAACCCGCCUCUGUGGCGACCUGUUAUUGACGGCUACUACUUCCCGCUCAACUACAGCUAUGCCUUGGCCACUGGCAACCACUCCGAUGUUCCCAUCCUGACGGGCAACAACCGAGACGAGUCGGGCGCCUCACCCAACCCGGGCGUCGACCUGGCCACCUACACGGCCAACAACACCGCCAUCUUUGAGCCCCUCGGCCUGGCCGACGAGUUCAACAGCCUGUUCCCCGCCACCACCGAUGCCGAGGCCAACAACCAGACCAACGCCCUGUACCGCAACCAGAGCCUGAUCUCCACCUGGCAGUGGGCCAACGACUGGGCGGCAGGCGGUGCGCAGAGCAAUGUCUACACCUACUACUGGACCCACGCCCCUCCAGGGCAGUCUGCCGGUGCCUUCCACGGCAGCGAGCUGAACUACGUCUUCGGCAACUUGGCGUACUCGGAGACGCUCCAGGGCGAGGCGGUCAGCUACACAACCGAGGAUUAUGCGAUUGCCGAGACCCUGCAGUCGUACUGGAUCAACUUUAUCAAGACUGGAGACCCCAACGGAGGAAACCUGACCUACUGGGCCCCUAGCACCAGUACUUCCAAGACCACCUUCGCUUUGGGCGAUGCUUGGGGAAACAUCGAGGUGGGCUCGGAUGAGGCCAUUGAGUUCUUCCAGGACUUUUUCUCCCAGGAACCAGAAUACUGA